AUGUGUGUAUAUACAGAUAGGUACAUACUUACACACCUACAGGCAGAUGCAGAUGCAGAUCUAGAAGUGAGGUUUGACAAGAAGGAGAAGGCCGCUGAGCAAGAGCGCCAGAAGCAGAGCAAGGAUCAGGAUCGGCAGAAGGAGGAGCAGAAGAAGGCGGCUGAAGCGAGGAAAGGCAAACCGAACCCAGUCGUCUUUCUGGAAAUUGAGGUGCGUGGCGCCGCCGGCUAUGGAGAGCGACAGGGCCGUGUGGAGGCCUCUGGCCGCUUGGAGAUCGAGCUCUUCGCAGACGUCGUGCCGCGAACGGCAGAGAACUUCCGUUGCUUGUGCACGGGCGAGAAAGGCCGGCAUCUACAUUUCCAGGGCUCGGUGUUCCACAGGAUCAUCCCAGGCUUCAUGGCGCAGGGAGGAGACAUCACGGAUGGCGAUGGCACAGGAGGGUUGUCCAUCUACGGCCCUAAGUUUGCGGAUGAGUCCUUCACCCGGCUGCACGCUCGAGCUAACUUGCUCUCCAUGGCGAACUCCGGGCCGAACACGAACAACUCACAGUUCUUCAUCCUCUUUGGACAGGCGAGGCACCUUGACCGGAAGCACGUGGUCUUCGGCGAGAUCCUGCGCGAGGAUGGCCAGGUCAUGAAACGACUUCAGGACUGCGGCUCGCAGUCAGGCGAAGUCAAAGGAUCUGUGGUCAUCAGGUCCUGUGGAGAGCUGAGUGGGAAGGCUGACGAGCAGCACUCCCGCGAGCGCUUCCGGCGCUCGCGCAGCCGCACUCGCUCAACGAGCCGGCGCCGGAAGCAGCGAAAAUGCUACAUCUAG